AAAAGAAAGAGAAGCGGCUACCAGUUGUGACCGCACCGCACCACAGGCGACAUCUCACUCGGGAACAGAGCCCGCCCACCUCUCUCUCCGGCAUGCCGCGCGCCCCGCGGCGGCCGUCCCAUGAGGCGCGCCGCGGCGCAUACAAGCCGCGCGUGGACUUCAUCCUCUCGCGCCAACGCCGCCGCGAGGACGGCCUCCUCGCCCUCCGCCGCCUUGACCGCGACGCCGGCCUCUUCAAGCGCCGCCGCGACGAACCCACUCCUGCGCCGACCUCCGCGCCCGCUCCUACUCCCGCCGAAGCCACCGCACCCGCCGCCAGCUCUCUCCCUCCAUCCGGCCCUUCCUCGCCCCCGUCCUCUCCGCCCGACGCGGCGGCUCCCCGGAAUGCCGCCGAGUCAGAGCUUGAAGGCCUGUCAGAAUUGCUGGACAAAGUAUGGUCAGAUGACACCACUAGUCAGCUGGAAGCCACAGUGCAGUUCAGGAAACUUCUUUCAGAUGAACUCAACUAUGAUAAAAAUCAUCAGAGCAGAUGUCCUGCCUAGAUUUGCUGAGUUUCUUUCAAGACGUGAGCUUCCUCAGCUCCAAAUGGAGGCAGCCUGGGUGCUUACCAACAUAGCUGCUUCUGGCUAUACACUGCUGGUUGCAGAAUGUGGUGCUGUUCCAAGGUUGGUAGAGCUCUUAGGAUCGCCAAAUGCGAAUAUCAGGCAUCAGGCUAUCUGGGCUAUUGGAAAUAUAGCAGCAGACGUGCCUAGCUGCAGGGACAUUCUUCUUGAUCAUGGUGCUGUUACACCAUUACUUUCUCAGUUUCGAGAAGACAUGAGAAUUCCAGUUCUGAGAACUGCUACAUGGGCACUGUCGAACCUUUGUUUUGGAAAAUUGCCAGCCGAAGUGCAGGUGAAACCAAUACUGGAAAUUACCAGCCAGCUUAUUCAUUCUGCUGACGAGAAGAUACUGGCAGAUGCAUGCUGGACUCUUUGUUAUAUAUGUGGUAGCGUAGAUGAUUCCAUCCAAGAUGUAUUAGAUGCUGGGGUUUUCCCUCAACUUGUAAAUCUCUUGAUGCAUGCAUCAGCUAGUGUUCUUCUACCUGUCAUCACGGCACUUGCGAAAAUUUCUGCUGGAGAUGAUGCUCAAGUGAAGGUCUUAGUGGAAAAUGGCAUUCUCAACUGCUUCGUCCAGUUGCUUGCACGAAAUUACCCAAACAACAUCAAGAAACAAGCUUGUCUAAUUGUUUCUAAUAUCACCACUGGCAGCAAGGAUCAAAUUCAGGCAGUAAUUGAUGCAGGCGUUAUAAGCCCCCUCAUUGUCCUACUAAAGACAUCAGAGACAGAUAUAAAAAAGGAGGCUGCUUGGGCUAUAUCAAAUGCUGCAUCCGGUGGUUCAAGUGAUCAAAUUCAGUAUUUGGUGAGUCGGGGAUGUUUAGAGCCCCUCUGCAGCGUCCUCACAUACCAAGAUCCUGACCUAGUAUAUACGUGUCUGGAAGGUUUUCAAAACAUACUCCAGGCAGGUGAGGCGGGGAAGAAGGGCCAGGAAUCCGGGACGAACCCAUAUGCACAGUUCAUUCUAGAAUGUGGGGGUUUAGAUAAUCUGGAGGAUCUGCAGGACCACGACAGUGAUAAAAUCCACAAGCUAGUCAUGAAGCUGCUACAGAGUUACUGGGAGGAAGAAGUAAGCGACGAAGAUCCAGGCAUCCCAGGUUCGAAUAAUUCUGUAGAGACUGUGGAAACAACUUCUGAAGAUGCUGCUCAGCCACCAGUACCCUCAUCCGGUGCGAAUGAAACUGAAUGAUGCCACACGUUGUAGUGCCAUCUAUGAUACUAUAAUCAGGUUGAUUUAGAGAGAGAUGUGUUGAGGUCAGGUAGUGAUGUGCAGAAUUUUCUCAUUACGUUUUCUGUACGCUGUACCUUUAAAGGUCUGUGAAUGGGGGCAGACAGCAUUGGAACUUUGAAGUA